UCGGUGGCCUCGGGGGGUAUAUAUCUACCCUCAUCUGGCAUCACCAUCAAAUGCUUUUUCCUUGCUUCCUCAUCACAUCGAAGAUCAUCAGCUUUCAGGUACUCCUAUCAAGUCGCUCUCUACUUUCCAACUUAUAGUCAUUCUUUGAUAUCAAGCUCUUCAGCUUUCCCCACCAGCUUAAUACUAUAAUCUUCCCGUCGAUACCAAUCGUCAGCCACAAUGCGUUUCUCCAGCUUCGCCCUCGCCGCCGUCUCUUUCGGCUCUGCCUUCGCCGCCCCGGCUACUCACCAGCACGAUGCUCGUGCUCUUGAGGUCCUCGUCACGGCCACUAACACCGUCGCCACUGUCCAGAAGACCGUCGAGGUUGAACUCAAGUCCAUCACCGACCUGUUGGAUGUCAACAUCAGCAUCAACGCUACUGUGCUCAUUCCCCAGCUCGAGCAAAUUCUCGUUACCCUUGCCGGCGAUAUUACCAAGAUCGUCAACGACGUCGCGCCUCUUGUUACCCAGGACGUUCCCAAGUUGGUUGAUGAUGAGCUCAAGGCUGUUUCCGGGCUUCUAAGCGGUGUUCUUGCCAUCGCCACCGGCGUCCAGACCACCGUCGACCAGAUCACCAAGACUGUCCCUGCUGAUGUCCUGAAGGCUGUCAAGCCCGAGAUCCAGCUCGUCCUCUCUACCGUUGAGCCCGUUGCCAAGCCCGUCGUCAGCUUCGCUCUUAAGGUCGUUGCCGGUGUUGUUGGCCCCCUUGCUAAUGAGAUCAACGGUCUUGUUGGCCAGCUCCAGGGUCUCAUUGGUGGUAUUCUUAAGCUCGUUGGUGGCAUCCUUAACGGCCUCCUAUAAAUGCGUUGCGACAUGGUACAGUGAGGAGUAUGAAAGGUGAUGGCUGCGGAGGACUAAUUGAAAAAGUAUUUACGGACAUGAUAUUUGCAUGCUCAUGAUUGGAUGCUUGGAUACUAUUUGGCAUUUGUAAAUUUUCAGUACGCAUGUUGAUAGUCUUGAAUUGACGAUCUGCCGUUGUCCGUUACCAGUUGUCUUUUGUGAUUGGAGAAGUUUUUGCUUAUGCUUUGAUAGUCCCUUGUCUCUUGGAAAUAAGUGUAUAAUCCGAGUUUAUGUGUGCGUCUGUUUUGAGUAGAGAAUUUUCCAAGUCGGUUGGAUUAAUAAUCUGCAUCCCUGCUUGUCUAGAUUAUGUAGG